UGACGCUCAAAACAAGCACAGCCAAUCCCAACGAUCUUUCAUCAGCGCCUGUUUCUUCGCCGCUUCUGCACCAUUGUCGAUGCUUCGACACCUCAUUCACCCUCGGGUUCGAUGAAGCCUAACGGAGCCUGGCUUUGAAACAGCCAUUGGAAAACAACAACACCUUCGCUGAGAUUACUGUGCUCGGACGAAUCUACUCCAUUUCAAGCGAGAAUAGUCCAUGCCAUUCACGUCCUUUCUCUGACUAUCGGACGACUUCAACAACAUCUCCGGACUUCAGGAAAACUUCAUCUCGAUCUGUCCGUCACAUUUUCAUCGACUCGCAUCAAAAAUUCAUCUCAACUCUCCUUGCGAGAUGUGCUAUCAACCCAGCACCACCUACUCUGGCUGCGGCUGCCCACGCCCUCUCACAAACGUGGUGAAAUGCUCCGAAGCGGAUCUCGUGGACAACUUCUGCCCAUCUCUCAAGCCCUUCGAAGACCGCGUGGGUAACCGGAUCUGCCGGAAACAUUACCAGGAACUCGUAGCGGCCGUCAAGAGUCUCUGCAAGAAGAAUGGGCUUUGGCAGGAAGCGAGGAGCGCUGCAAAGCUGGACAGGUUGGAGGAGGGAAAAUAUUCGG